UUACAUAGGAAAUUAAUGUCGUUUUCACAGUGGCAAGCUGGCAUUUAUUUCCCCAGCUGAGGUCUAGAAUUGCACCGCUUUGUAUAGUAGCAUGCCAGUCUAGGUGUGACUUGAUCUGCCCUUAGGACGGACAGCAUCAGGGACUUGGCAGAGAGGGGCUGAGCUGCAUUGUGUCUGCUGGUUGCCUGCCUGACCACAGGGUGAGCACGGCAUAGUUGUCAUUGGCACAGACAUGGCAAGUGAAGGCUCUAGUGGUUUGCAAGUUCUGCUUUCUACUUUACAGAACUCAUGCGAGAAAGAUGUAACCCUGAAUAUCCUGAGUGUAUUAAGUGAAUUGCUGUCUGCUGGAACUCACCGCAGGAUUUACUACAUGAUAUCCAAGGGUGGUAGUGAAGCCCUUCUUCAAACCCUGGUAAAUUUGGCAAGAUCAGAUCCCCUUGACUAUGGUCUCCUAUUUACCCUUCUACGCCUGAUGGUCAAGGUAGGCCAGAAAGAUGAAAACUUUGGAGAAAAAGCACAGAAACUGGAAGCUACUGAUGUUACCCUCAGUUUAAUAAGAAGAAACCUGACAAAAUCUGAUAAAAUAACCCCCUGUCUUUACGCUAUUCAGAUCUAUGCUUCCAAUGUUUCGGUUGGAGAGAUGUUGGGCAUAAAUGGCGCCAUGGAGCUGCUUUUUAAAAUCAUCACCCCAUACACCAGAAGGCACACACACACAAUCAAGGCAGCUGUUGGAGCACUCGCCACUCUACUCAAGUCAAAAUCAAAUAUCAGAAGAGUUGUGAACCGAGGCUAUGUUUGUGCUCUGUUGCGGUUUUACCAAGACUGGCACAGGAGUGACUCUGCCAACCACUACAUGCCCAUUCGUAGAGGCUUGUUGCGAUGUCUCAAACAUAUAACCAAUGUUCGUUCCGGAAGAGAAGCAUUUCAUCAAGCCAAUGGGAUGGAAAUCCUCUACACCACAGCACAGGAAUGUCUACAUUGCAAAAGCUUGGAUCCCUUAGUCAGUGCUGCAAUCCAGGUUUUGAGAAAGUGUUGUCCAAAAUGUACUCUACCUCUGACUUCUAUAUCAAGCUCUUAUCAAUAUCUUGUUCCUGGAACACAAAAAACAAUGUCCACAAGAAUCUGCUCCCAAGAAGAUGAAUCUGAGGAUGAAGAUGAAUACAUGGAUAACCACACAAAUGAGGAAAACAUGGAGGAAGAUGAUGAUUUGGAGACAGACUUGAAAAAAUUGAAAUCACUGCCUCAGCCCGACCGACCAGUUGAGGAAUUUAAUCAGUAUAAAGAAUUCUGUUCGGAAAUUUUUGACUUCAAGGACAAUGCAUCUGACAUGGAAGAAGUCCUGAAUGCCACCGAGAGUAUCUCCAGUGUUAACACACAUAACAUUCCAACCACUGAGAGAUAUAUGGAUGACUGCUAUACAACAGUUGACCGACCCAAUCCUGGAGACGCAUUCUUUCCUAAGACACAUGUGGAACAAAAUAUCUUGAACACCAUUUUCAGCAAACCACAACUCUUGGAGGAUCCAUCAUUAAACAAGCAAGAGCAAAUAAGCAUGAAAGAAAAUAAGCAGCGUAAUCCAACAAGUUUGGUCUGUUCUAAUUUGGUCCAUACGGAGCCAAUCUCCAUUCCCACUAGAUGCAUCAAGACUGUCAAACUGAAAGACGGUAAUGUUGCUGAUGAAUCUGAAAGUUACAAGGUUGUAAAACAGCUUUUGGAACAGCACAAAGGAAAUAUACCUUUCCAUGACCCUCACGUUUACAUGUCUGUAGCUGGAAACACUAAAUCUGUUCCUGAUUAUCAAGUAUUGGCAUUUCCUGACUUUUGGGGCCACUGCUCACCUCCAUUCUCCCAAAAGCUUGCGGAAAAGAGAUUUGGAUCACAAAGGGACAAGAUCUUUGAGGACAUUCAGAGGUUUUUAAGGCCAAGUGAUCUCAUUAAUCGAGUUGUGUUUGACUUGGAUAACCCAAGUGUUGCAGAAGGUUCGGAAAAGAUGAAUUGCCUUAAGUUCUUUUCCAAGUUUGAAUCUGGAAACCUUCGAAAAGCAAUACAAGUUCGUGAAUUUGAAUAUGACCUGAUCAUGAAUGCAGAUGUUAACACUGACCAACAUCACCAGUGGUUCUACUUUGAAGUUAGUGCAAUGAGAUCUAAUGUCCCUUACCGCUUCAAUGUCAUUAACUGUGAAAAGAUGAACAGCCAAUUUAAUUAUGGUAUGCAACCUGUCAUGUAUUCAGUGAAGGAAGCUCUCCAGGGAAAUACAUAUUGGAUGAGGACUGGGUCCAACGUCUACUAUUAUAAAAACCUGUUCUGUUACCGAGCAUCUGAUGGAAAGAAGAGAAGAAGAUAUUAUACACUGACUUUCACUGUGAAAUCCCCACACUAUGAUGAUGUCUGUUACUUGGCGUAUCAUUACCCUUACACAUACUCCACUCUCCUGUCCCACUUACAGAUUUUGGAGCAAAGUCGAAAUUCACAAAAAGUUUAUUUCAAGCAAGACACAUUGUGCCACACCUUGGGUGCGAAUCCUUGUCCCAUUGUCACUAUUACUGCAAUGCCAAAAUCAAGCUCUCAAAGUCACAGGGAGGAAUUAUGUAGUCGCCAGUAUAUAGUGCUCACGGCCCGCGUACACCCAGGUGAGAGCAAUGCCAGCUGGGUUAUGAAGGGAACACUGGAAUUUCUCACAAGCAGUGACCCUAUUGCACAGAUUCUUAGAGAAACCUUCAUUUUCAAGAUUGUUCCAAUGCUUAACCCAGAUGGUGUCAUCAAUGGAAAUCACAGGUGUUCCCUAAAUGGUGAAGAUUUAAACAGACAAUGGUUAUCACCCAAGUGCGAUCUAGAACCAACCAUUUAUCACGUGAAGGGUCUAUUGUACUACCUGACCAGCAUUGGCAGAACACCACUGGUUUUCUGUGAUUAUCAUGGUCAUUCGCAAAGAAAGAAUGUGUUUUUCUAUGGAUGCAGCAUAAAGGAGACCUUGUGGCAAGCUGGUUGUGUAGUGGAUUCAUCAGUUCUCUUGGAGGAUGUUGGAUACAGGACUUUACCUAAAAUCCUUGAUAAGAUUGCUCCUGCAUUCUCAAUGUCACACAGCAGCUUUUUAGUGGAAAAGGCAAGAGCAUCAACAGCCCGUGUUGUGGUAUGGCAUGACAUUCGUGUUUUAAGAAGCUACACAAUGGAGAGCACCUAUUGUGGAUUCAAUCAAGGGCCAUAUAAGGGUUUACAGGUUGGAACAAAGGAGUUAGAAGAAAUGGGGGCAAAGUUCUGCCUUGGACUGUUAAUUCUCCUCUCCAAAUCUUUCUACAGUGGAAUGCUGCAUCCGCAGGUAGUGGAACUGCUUGAGGCUGAGAGAGAAAGUGCAGACAAUCACAGAACCAGCGGUACUGAAACUGACGAUGAGCCACCAUGUGAGGAGAAGAUUGACUACCAUACUGACAGCUGCUCAGAUCAGGAUGUAUCAGAGUUAGAUACCCAAACUGAAGAUACACUUUCAGAAGAUGAUCAUGGGGCAAGAAAGAGCCAAUCCUCAACAUCAAACAUGAAGGAGGAGGUUUUCUCUACCAAGUAUAAUGGUUCCAGAAGAAAGUCCCUCACAACAUCCUCAUAGCAAUAUGGCUGUUCACCUGAGGCAACUUCCUUCCUAUGUGAGCAGAAUUUUGAGAACUCCAGCAAACCACAAAUGGGUCAUUAUCUUUAUUAGCAUUAGGAUUUUGUGUGUUGAGAGUACUUUAAUAUGUAAAAAAUUUUGUUUUGUUUAUUGAAAAUAUUACAAUUGUGCUGUGCCCUGCAUACUCUGAGGUGUUUGGGAACACAUACAGUAUGGAGACAUGAGGAGGAAGGAAAGUUGAUAUUUUACACUUUGUGUUACAGAUCCAUAAUGAGAAUACAUGUCCCCCAAUAGGGCUGUAUAAAGUGUUUUUGGCUCCUGUGCUGACAUGUAAAAAUGGUAGAUACAUAUUUGGGGGCCCACAGAUAAACUGAAUGGCCAGUAUACGCUAAGGACUUUUUUGUCAAUGUUGUUGAGUAUAUUUUCUUUGUCAAAUAUUUUAUUGUAUAGUACAGGUAAAAGUACUUUAAAGUCCAAAGCACUUUAUAUCAGACAGAAAGAGAGAAAUAAAGUCAAAGAUAAUGAGAAAUUGAGAUACAGAUUGAUAGAUAGAU